AUGGAAUCUCAAGUCUCUGACGCCGCCGCCGGACAAGCAGAGCAGACGGCAGGCGAAGGCCAGACAGACAGCGGCGCCGCUCCGGGACCCGCAGCCUCGGCGCCCUUGGGUGCCGCCCGGUGGAAGCUCCUGCGGCAGGUUCUGAAACAAAAACACCUGGAUGACUGUCUACGACAUAUAUCUGUAAGAAGAUUUGAAUCAUUUAAUCUGUUUUCAGUAACAGAAGUCAAAAAAUUGGAAACUGAAGAGGAAGCUGGUGCCUGGGUCCAAUAUACGAGCAUCUUCUAUCCUGAAUACAGUAUUUUCUUAAGGCAUAAUAGUGGAUCUUUGAAUGUUGAAGAUGUUCUUACCAGCUUUGACAAUACAGGAAAUGUCUGCAUCUGGCCAGCUGAAGAGGUUUUGGCUUACUACUGCCUCAAGCACAGUAGUAUAUUCAGGGACCUUGCUGUGUGUGAGCUAGGGGGUGGCAUGACAUGCUUGGCUGGGCUCAUGGUUGCUAUUUCUGCAGAUGUCAAAGAAGUUCUGUUAACUGAUGGGAAUGAAAAGGCCAUCAGAAAUGUGAGAGACAUCAUCGCAAGGAAUCAGAAGGCUGGUGUGUUUAAGACUGGGAACCUAUCAAGCUGCGUUUUACGAUGGGAUAAUGAGACAGAUGUCUCUCAACUGGAAGGACAUUUUGACAUUGUUAUGUGUGCUGACUGCCUGUUUCUGGACCAGUACAGAGCCAGCCUUGUUGAUGCAAUAAAGAGAUUACUCCAGCCCAGGGGGAAAGCAAUGGUAUUCGCCCCACGCCGAGGGAAUACUUUAAACCAGUUUUGCAUUCUAGCUGAAAAAGCUGGUUUCUCUAUCCAAAGACAUGAAAAUUAUGAUGAACACAUUUCAAACUUCCACUCCAAGUUGAAAAAGGAAAACCAGGAUGUAUAUGAAGAAAAUCUUCAUUUCCCGCUUCUGCUUAUUUUAACCAAAGAUGGAUAG